AUGGGUGCUGUUGAUGGUGUUAAACCUUGUGUAUUCUUUGUGUAUGGAUAUAGAGGUACCGGGAAAACUUUUAUCUGGAAAACUCUAUCAAUAAUAUCGAGGCUGAAGGGGAAAAUUAUGUUGACUGUAGUUUCGAGUGGUACAGCAUCUCUUCUUCUGUUGGGAGCGUUGGAUAAGACUAUGAGAAAUAUUUUAAGAUAUAGCUGUCCAUUAAGUUUGGAGAAACCUUUUGGAGGUAAAACUAUCGUGUUUGGAGGAGAUUUUAGACAAAGUUCAUCGGUUAUUCCAAAAGGAAGUAGGCAAGACACUGUCUUUGCAACUUUAAACUCACUUGUGAAAAUAUUUAUUGGAGAUGGAAUAAUUGGCAGUCUGAAUGACUGUCAUGCAAUGGUUGACAUACCUGAUGAUCUUUUGAUAAAGGAUAUAGAAGAUUCAGUUGCAUCUAUUGUAAAUAGCAUGUAUCCUUCUUUCUCAGAGAAUAUUAGUGAUCUGUGA